CGUGAAAACCGACAGAUGGGUAUCUCACCCUCAAGUGUACGAUUGAGAUCGUGCUACAAGAUGUAUAAGUGUAUAUAAAUAGAAGGAUAUUAUGUCGGAUUGGAACAGUACGUCCCUGUGGUUACAUCGCUACGAAUCACGCAGACAGCAUGAAAUUCUACGGCAUAAUUGUUCUCUUGGCGCUUGUCACCUUCGCCCAUGGCCUACCUACCAGUACGAAAACGAAGCGAUCCAUUAGCGACAAUCUGGUAUCGCUUGUCGAGAGUUUUCAGGAAACAAUGAAAACCGGCGACGAGGACUUGGGAAUCCCUGUGUUGGAGCCCUUCGAAGCUGAUUCCAUUGACAUAUCUAUCGACGAGACUUCAGUAGCAUUGGACGGCAAUCUGAGUAACUUGAAGGUCGCGGGUCUGUCUAAUUUCUCGAUCGACACCUUGACGUUCAGUCUAAUCGGAAUCAGGUUCACCUUCGCUUUCACGUGGCCUAGUAUCACCUUCAGCACGGGAUAUUCCAUCGAAGGCACGGUUUCGAAUGACAUAGCGGUAUACGGCAACGGGAAUGCAACUGGCGAGAUCACCAAUCUAGUCGUUUCGGGAACCGCCGCGCUAUCCGUGAGCAAUUCGUAUCUCUACAUUCGCAGUUUGACGAGCGAGAUCAGCGUGGAAGAUACGGAAUUCGCGAUCACUGGAAUCUGGAAUGACGACGACGUGUCGAAGCUCAUAGGGGAUGUGGUCAGUGACAUUGCCCCAGUGCUCGUCGAGGAGUACCAGGACGAGAUCACCACCGCUGUCAAUGAACUAGUCACCGAAUAUGCCAACGACUACCUCGGCACUAUGACUCUGGCCGACCUCAUUGGACUCCUCGGAUAAGUCAGUGCGGUUACUUGCUGGCGAAACUUCAAUGUCCAGCAAAACAGCGAUCAGAUGUUAAUCCUUCCUUCGAAUGCAGGAUGAAAUCGAGUGAAUAAAUAGAUCGUUGACGAACAA